UACCUCCCUUUUUUCCGAAAAGUCACGGGCCACCGGGGAGUGAAGAAAUGAAAGUGAAAUCAGCUGCUGGGGCACCAGUCCGCAUCAGGGGCCCGGCUUCCAGAGCGCUGUUGGCUUGGGCACGAGCGCCAACGCAAGCAGGGCCGCCGCCCCGCCCCGCGUCGGUCCGCUCGGCCCCGCUGCCCCCCGCGACCCCCCGCUGCCCCGGCCCCUCUCCGGAGCCCGCGCGGGACCCGCCUGCCUGCGAGGCUCGCCGCGGGGUCCGCCUCUUCUGCGGUACCCAGAAGACGGCUGUGCCAAGGGCAGGGGAAAAUGACCACGCCCAGCCCAAGGCGGGGCGCGCAGCUGCUCUUCCUGGCCAUCAUGGCCGUCACGGUGGCGGCCAUCGCCCUGCUCUUCUAUGCUCUCCUCUGGAAGGCCGGCAACCUCACAGACCUGCCCAACCUCAGAGUCGGCUUCUACAACUUCUGCCUGUGGGACCAGGGCACCGGCUCCCUGCGGUGCCGCCAGUUCCCUGAGCUGGAGGCCCUGGGCGUGCCGCGGGUCGGCCUGGCCCUGGCCAGGUUUGGUGCAUAUGGGGCCCUGGUCUUCACGCUCUUUGUCCCCCUGCCUCUCUUCCUGGCCUGGUGCAACAGCAGCGAUGGAGAGUGGCGGCUGGCGGUGGGCUUCCUGGCCACAUCCUCCACACUGCUGGCCGGCGGCCUGGGCCUCUUCCUCACCUACACCUGGAAGUGGGUCAGGCUCUCCCUGCUGGAGCCGGGGUUUCUAGCUCUGGGCACUGCGCAGGCCUUACUCGUCGCCUUGCUCAUGGCCACGAUCCUGUUUCCUCAGAGGGCGGAGGACAAGAGCAAGCUGGACAGCUACUAGGUCUGUCGGAAGGCUUACGUGAUCGCAAGAGUUCGGUCUGAACCAUGCUCAGAGAAGGUGCCAGAAACUUGAGGGGCUGCUCUGUCUCCUCAGCCUGUUUGACAGCGAAUGCCCAUCUCACGCCCUGGCAGCCAGGCCCCGCCAUGGAGAGGGGAGGUACCCAGGGUCAAGAGGCCUUGACUUCCAAAGUUCCCAAGGGCACCCCCAGACCACGCAGCUCACCAUCCUGAGGACUCCUGCUUUCCUGCACUGAUCUGAGCAAGCCAUUCUCACUCCAUCCUCAGGAUCAUGGAGGGAGGACUCCUGUCAUGAGGCCUGACUUCCAGGGCAAUUUGCCAAAUGUCAAACUAGAACCCAGUGAAGGUUUAUGUCAACCAACGGGGAACAUGAGAGAAAGCUCGCCUCAGUGUCCCUCGGGGCCCCGGUUAGCAAGCUCCCCCCACUCCGUCGUGGGUGUGAUACGAUGAACCCCCUUUCCCUAAUACCACUCCCGAAGGCCCAGGAGUGAUCCCUUGAGGGAUUCACUAGAGACCGAACCCCUGGGCACAAAGAGAAGCCUCGGUGGUUCCGAAGGCUCUCCUGGAGAGGCUCUUGGACCCGAGGCCAGACAAAGCACGGGCAUCAGCGGGCAAAACAUUCCUAGCACGGGCCCCGGGGGUUGGGAACAGAAUACACCAAAUCCCCGGAGAGGUGAGGGAGGUGAACAGAACAGCUCCACGCACGUACAGAUGCUGCAUCUCUUCACUUCUCCACCCAGAACUGCAAAGGAUAAAAGCACAGCCUUCGUCUUGGGAACCGGUUUGUAUUUCUGAGCACCUGCACAUCGGAAAACCUGGACGGCAGAUGCCUGCCUCAUUCCAUCUGUCCAAAGCCACACUGAAUAGAGACAGAACGAUGGACUCUGGCAGGAUCUCGGCUGUAGAGGCUCCUGCGGGCUCCUGUCCCAGUCUUGCUUUCCAACUGCCCAGGGACGGAGGCUUAGCCGCCGAGUGGAAGGGCAGGUGGCAGCGUGGGGGGGUGGGAGGGGGCAGAGGCCUUCCAGUGCAGAUCCCAGGCAGAGCCCUGUGGGCAUGACAUCUGCCUCCCGGGCUGCACGGGGGAUGGAAACUCGCUUUAAAAGAGGCUUCCUCCUUAGAGAUCCCACUGACUAAACUGUCAGAAUUCCAGUGAACUUAUUAGCAGCUAUACGCUUUCUUCUUUCAAAUUUAUGAAGGUGACUCUUUGGUUCCAAUAAAUGUGACCUCCUUGUCCACCUUU